AUGCCACUUUAUACUAAGUUCUUGAAGGAUCUCUUGACCAAAAAGGGCAAAUAUAUAAACAAUGAAAGUAUAGUGGUGGAAGGGAAUUGCAGUGUUGUUAUUCAAAGAAUUCUACCACCAAAGUUCAAGGAUCCAGGCAGUGUAACUAUUCCAUGUUCAAUAGGUGCGGUGUCAGUGGAAAAAACACUGAUUGAUUUGGGAGCUAUCAUCAAUUUGAUGCCACUUUUUAUGUGCAGAAGAAUUAGGAAUUUGGAAAUUGCACCCACAAGAAUGACACUUCAACUUGCAGCCCGCUCAAUCACUCGACCUUAUGGCGUGGUGGAGGAUGUAUUAGUCAAAGUCCGCCAAUUCACAUUUCUUGUAGAUUUUGUCAUAAUGGACAUUGAAGAGGAUGCAGACAUUCCAUUUAUUUUAGGUCGUCCCUUCAUGUUGACAGCCAAAUGCGUAGUUGAUAUGGGCAAUGGUAACCUAGAAAUGAGUGUUAAUGAUCAGAAGGCUACCUUUAACCUAUUCGAUGCAAUCAAGCAUCCUAAUGACCACAGGGCAUGUUUUAAAGUGGAAGCAGUUAAGCAUGAAGUUGCCAUGGUAGUUCAAGGUAUGACAUCUCAAUCCCCAUUAGAUAAAGCACUAAUAAAUGUCGUUGACUGUCUCACAAAAGAGGAAGAGAAAGAUAUGAGAAAGUGUCUAGAAGAGUUGGAUGGUUUAAAAGUAAGCCCAUCAGAGGAUUGUCCAUUUGAAGAGCUAAAGAAAGAUCCUCCUGCAGAGAAAGCUAAGGUGGAUUUGAAGGUCCUUCCAGAGCAUUUGAAGUAUGUAUUUUUGGAGGACAAUGAAGCAAAACCAGUAGUGAUCAGCAACUCACUGUCUCAUGAGGAGGAAUCUCGAUUGGUGGAAGUCCUGAAGAAACAUCGGGUUGUUAGUGGAUGA